CCCCUUGCCAAUGAACUACUCUCUGCACCGUCCUUCAGGUCCGUGGGUUGCAGGUAGGACAUGGCUGUCCUCGCCAUUUUUAAAAGGAGCUCAGUCGCUAAUCAACCGCGGUCGGGUACGCUUGGUAUUUCGCGGCGAUUGUCACCUCGAACUUGUGCGACUUUUUUCUUCCGUGUUGAGUCUCGCAGUACGAGGCACAGUCCCGCAAUGAUGACAGUGUAAAGAAGUUGUUGUGAGUUUUCGUUGUACGUGCAACAGAGGUGUUAGCCAAAAGGUGUUCGUAAGAAAGCACUAGCGCCGAGAAACAUGUCCAGUGUGCCGCAAAUGUCUAGUGGGCUUAGCAAGCUGAAAAAGAAACACUUUCGAGUCAAACAUCAAAAGGUUAAGCUGUUUCGUGCGAAUGAACCUCUUCUCAGUGUUUUCAUGUGGGGUGUCAAUCACACGAUAAAUGAACUUAGUCAUGUUAAUAUACCCGUAAUGCUGCUGCCAGAUGAUUUCAGAGCGUAUAGCAAGUUGAAAGUGGAUAAUCACCUUUUCAACAAGGAGAAUAUGCCUUCUCAUUUUAAAAUCAAAGAGUAUUGUCCAUUAGUAUUCAGAAAUCUACGGGAGAGAUUUGGUAUAGAUGAUUUGGAUUAUAAGGAAUCAAUGACAAGAUGUCGGGCAUUUAAUCCUUCGCGAACAGAGAGGCAUUCGGAUUUGGCUGGGAAGGCUCGUGAAUUGGUACAGCGCUCUGCUACUGCCCCUUCAAUAACCCUUUCUCCUCCUCCUGUUUUCUCACAAAUUCCAGUCCUAAAUAAGCCACUACGUUCCUACAGUUUUAAGCCAAAGCGUCUGAGAUCACAACCAAUACUAGACGAUUCUUCUGGUAAAAGUGGCGCGAAAUUUUAUCAAUCUUAUGAUAAAUUGUUCAUCAUUAAAACUCUUACAAGUGAAGAGGUGGAAAGGAUGCAUUCAUUUUUAAAACAUUAUCAUCCGUAUAUUGUAGAAAGGCAUGGGAAAACUUUAUUGCCUCAGUACCUCGGCAUGUAUCGCUUAACGGUGGAUGGAGUCGAACAUUAUGUUGUUGCCAUAAGGAAUGUAUUUUCGAAUCACUUAACGACUCAUAAGAAAUUCGAUUUAAAAGGUUCAACGGUAGAUCGUGAGGCAUCUGACAAAGAAAAAGAAAAAGAUUUGCCGACAUAUAAGGACAAUGAUUUUGUUAAAGAGGGAAUGAAAAUUUAUAUUGGCGAAGAUGCGAAAGCAAAACUCAUUGAAACGUUAACUGCGGAUGUUGAUUUCUUGACACGAUUGCACCUUAUGGAUUAUUCCUUACUACUUGGUUUACAUGAUUGUGCAAGAGCCGAACAAGAGAACAGAGAACGUGCAGAGAGAGAAGAAGAAGAAGAUAAUCAUGAAGAUGAAGAAGACAGCGAGUCUGGAAGUGGAAUAGAUUCACGAGGUCCAAUGGGAGACCGUGGAUGGGGUUGGUAUGGUAUAACUGCUAUGUCAACACCUCCAGAAUCACCACAUGCCCCGUUGAAUCGCGACACGAGUCUUCAGUACGAAGAUGCAAUAAUUCCUGAAUUAGAUAUUUACGCAAUUCCUAGUAAAGAAGGUGCACCUAUGAAGGAAAUUUAUUUUUUAGCCAUAAUCGAUGUGCUAACCCAUUACGGCGUUCGUAAGCAAGCGGCAAAGGCAGCUAAAACAGUAAAGUACGGUGCUAAUGUUGAUGGUAUAUCAACCUGUGAUCCAGAACAAUAUGGCAAGCGAUUUAUAGAAUUUAUGAGCAAAGCUAUAGAAUAAGUUCGUUGUUCGUUGUUGCUAAGCUUGUAAAUUUGGAUCGUUCGUUCGAAAGCCGUGACGAUACUGUCGCUUGUACUACAUUUUUACGUUUAUGGAAUGAGAAGUUUGGUGCAUCGGAUGUUUAUUCUUUACACGUUUGAUGUUUGACUACAAAGGUUUUUAUGUGGUCCAUCGGCAAUGCCUUUACUGUCGAGUAUCUCAAUAUUCCUCAUGACAUUUACAAUGGAGUUAGAAACAUAACAAAUGAUUGAAUUUCACGGAUCAUCAUUCUAAGGAGACCUAUCCUGAAUUUUGUUUGCGGGAUUGUUUGUUAACUUUUGUAACCAGUGACAUAUUUUCUCAGUAUUAGCUUACAAUUUUUUUAUUAUCACGAUUGUGUACAUCGUGAUUUUCUUUUCUUUUUUUUUUUUUUUAAUUUUUCAUUAUUUUACCUACGCUUCCGAAACACGAGACUUUAUUUUGUGUGCAUUAUGUGUACAGACAGAAGUAUGCGAAGAGGCUUUAUAAAGUAUCAGAAUUGAUCGCAUAUCCUGUUUAUUUUGUGAAAUGAUACUCAACAUUAUACUCAAGAAUAUACUUAUACGUGGAUAUUUGCUGAUCUAUUAUUUCGAUGUCUUAAACAUUGGCAUAUCGACAGUGAUAACGAAACUAUAUCGUACGUUGUUGUUGGUACACAUAAUGUACUAGUAAAGCUGUGUUAACUACCGUCAUCUGACAGUAAAUUUUACACGUAAUGCUAUUUUACUGGGAAAUAUGAAAGUUAUUGUUGAUGUUACAUAUAACCUCAAAUCAAGAGCAAUUUUAAUGUUUCGCGAAAAAAGCCUACACUUCUAUCGUGAAGAAUUUCUCCGGUUUCAUAAAGAAGUACCAUAAUACUUCUGGUCUAGUUCCGUGGUAUUAUCUGGAAUGUUUAAAUAUUCGAGUUAGAACGUAACCGCUUUUACGAGAACUUUUGUUUCAGUAGGUCUAAAGAGAGGAGAGAAGUAAUAUAUUAUACGCGCAGAAGGUACUAUAUAUAUAUUUAUAUAUGCAGGAUGUUCCGGGAAUGAUGGUACGACCGAACGGUAGGUGAUUUCUCAUAAAAAUAAUAAAUCGAAAGUGCAGAAUACAAUUGUUUGUGUCAUACACAAAGAUCCGCUUUUAAUCCUUUAACACUUCCAUUACCUCUGGAAUAUACUCUGCAAUACAAAUUUGGUGGUCGCUGUAGUCAUCUUAUUGUGUCGUUAUAUGAACAAAUUUUAUUCAGCAUUUUAGAUAGAUUUAUUUACGAGGAAUCGCCCACUGGUUAGGUAUCUAUAACUUCGUUGCCAGAAUACCCUGUAUAUAUAACACACACACGCGCGCGCGCGCACGUACACACACGUACACAUAUAUAUAAUAAGAGCUUCAAAUUUUAAGAAUUACGAAUAAAUGUUAAAAUCUGUAAAUGUCAACCCCUUGAUCGUUUCAGUUACCGCGACUCGGUGUUUAGAUCAUCGAUUUGCUUAGUUCGUAAAGUAUAUUUACAGGGAACAAAGCGAAUCGUAUGUAUUAUGCACGAUUCAUGUCUCCUUUCACUCGCGAGACUGCUCAAAGUUAGCCCCGUGUUUCAAUUGUAGAAUUUAAGUAAAUGAGAAUGGCAUAUAUAUUCUUUGAUGCAUUGAGAAUGGAACGUCGACUUGUUCCUUUCCUAAACAGUACGAUGUAACCAAAGUAUAUUUAUAUUCUUUCCUCGAUGUAAAAAUUAACCAAUAGUAGUUUGAUGACAAUAUGUUAGUUUUUCUAACAAAACAUAUAUUUAUAUAUAUAUACAUAUAAACAAAAAGAUAAAUCAUUGAUAGCAUUCGGUUCUCAAUGCGUCAAGACUUCAGCCCAACUUCAGCUGCACAAGAACUCGCUUAACAAUUUCUAUGCAGAACAAUUCUACUGUAACUUCACUUUUUUAUUCGAUAAAUUUAUUAUCUUACAACAAAUAGCUUCUAAUGAACAAUAUUCUACCGUUUGUACUGCGUAAAAACAAAGGGGAGAAUGCAUCGUCGCAUAACACUCUAUCUUUAAAUAAUCUAAUAAUCGAUUUUUUUAUAAUUUGUUAAAACUGAUCAUAAUAUAAUGACUAAUUACUUUACUAAUUAAGGUAUUCAUCUAGUCUCGAUACUUUGUAUGAUUUUAUACGUUGCCAACACAUCGGGAGUAUAAGUAAAAAUGAAAAUGUAAUGCAUAUUGUCGACAACACUGUACUAUACAAUAACAAUAUCAGUUGCAAGAGUACGCUCAAUUUCUGUAAUGUGUAGUUUCUAUAAGAUAAAAAUAUAACUUGUUCUGUC